GCACCACCCCGGCCGAUGGAUAGCGUACAGACCGUCAUACAGAUCCUCCUCAUGUCUGGUUCGGGCUCGGGCUCCGGCUCCGGCGUCUGGGUGUUCAAGAACGGCGUGAUGCAGCUGCAGCCGGAGCAGCCGGCGGCGGCCCGGAAGGCGCUGCUGUACGUGCCCACCGGCGAGAGGAUGACGUCGCUGGAGCUGCUGGAGCGGCGCCUCGGCGCGCACGGCUGGGAGCGCUACUACGAGAACCGCGACAUCGUGCAGCUCCACCGCCGCGACGGCGGCAUCGACCUCAUCUCCCUCCCGCGGGACUUCGCGCAGUUUCGCUCCACCCACAUGUACGACGUCGUCCUCAAGAACCGCGAUAGCUUCAAGGUCGUCGACGUUCCAAGCUGAUUGACCACCUCCACUACUCCAUCAUCUACGUCGCCUUUUUCCAUCUUUUAUAUGCGUACAUACAUGAUACGUACAUGUAUAUAUGUACGUUUGUGUGCUAAGUGUUGUGAUGCUCUGGCUACUAGCACUACCACUACGUACUAGUAAUAAGUGCAUUUGCAUUUGCUCAAGACGUGAAAUGAAAUCGGAGCAGAAAGCAUCCAUGCAUGCUGCAUGCACUCCGUGUGUACCACUAUAACUAAAGACGAUGGACUACUUUUCUCGCGGUGCCA